CCCACUCCGCCUAUUGUUUGGGCGCGCAGAUAUAAGUUGCGAUGCGAGCGGAGCGUCGGGGCGGCCGCCUGUCCCCUCUCUCCAAUUAUAGAUGGAUCAUUACAGAGCGCGCAGGAGUGAGAAGGCAGCUGUCCGCUCUGCACAUGAAUGCAUUCGCCUCCUAGAGAGCCGCCCGCCAUCAUGCUUUGGAAACUGGUGGAAAACGUCAAAUACGAAGAUAUCUACGAGGACCGGCACGACGGCGUCCCGGGCCACAGCUCGCGCCUGUCCCAGCUGGGCUCGGUCUCGCAGGGCCCCUAUUCCAGCGCCCCGCCGCUCUCGCACACCCCGUCGUCGGACUUCCAGCCGCCCUACUUCCCGCCGCCCUACCAGCCGCUCCCCUACCACCAGAGCCAGGACCCCUACUCGCACGUCAACGACCCCUACGCCCUGAACCCGCUCCACCAGCCUCAGCAGCACCCAUGGGGACAGCGGCAGCGCCAAGAGGUGGGAGCCGAGGCCGGAUCCUUGCUGCCCCAGCCGCGGGCCUCUCUGCCCCAGCUCUCCGGACUGGACCCUCGGCGGGACUACCACGCGGUCCGGCGGCCCGACGUCUUGCUCCACUCGGCCCACCACGGCCUGGACUCCGGCAUGGGGGACGCCUUGUCUCUGCACGGCAUCGGACACCCGGGCAUGGAGGACGUGCAGUCGGUGGAAGACGCAAAUAACAGCGGCAUGAACCUGCUGGAUCAAUCCGUCAUCAAAAAAGUUCCGGUUCCUCCAAAAUCUGUCACUUCCCUGAUGAUGAACAAAGAUGGCUUCCUAGGCGGCAUGUCGGUGAACACGGGCGAAGUCUUCUGCUCGGUCCCUGGACGCCUCUCCUUGCUCAGUUCGACUUCCAAGUACAAAGUGACUGUGGGUGAAGUACAACGGCGCCUCUCUCCUCCCGAAUGUUUGAACGCCUCCCUCCUCGGGGGCGUGCUUAGAAGAGCCAAAUCGAAAAACGGGGGCAGAUCGUUGCGAGAGAGGCUAGAAAAAAUCGGCUUGAAUUUACCAGCCGGCAGGCGCAAAGCCGCAAAUGUCACUUUACUCACCUCCUUGGUGGAAGGCGAAGCGGUACAUUUAGCUCGGGAUUUUGGAUACAUCUGCGAAACCGAAUUUCCAGCCAAAGCCGUUUCUGAGUAUCUCAACAGGCAGCACACGGACCCCACCGAUCUCCACUCCAGGAAGAACAUGCUGCUGGCCACCAAGCAACUUUGUAAAGAAUUCACAGAUCUCUUGGCCCAGGAUAGGACGCCCAUUGGGAACAGCCGGCCCAGCCCCAUCUUGGAACCCGGGAUCCAGAGCUGUUUGACUCACUUCAGCCUCAUCACCCACGGCUUUGGGUCACCGGCCAUUUGCGCUGCCCUGACAGCCCUCCAGAACUACCUGACCGAAGCUCUCAAAGGAAUGGACAAGAUGUUCUUGAACAACAGCUCUGCUAACAGGCAUACUUCUGGGGAAGGACCAGGUAGUAAAACUGGAGAGAAGGAAGAGAAGCACAGAAAAUGAAAAUUUUAAUAAAUAAAAUACAUAAAUAACAGGAAGCUAACGGAAUUAGGGAAGACAAACGAAAGGAGAAGCAGAGAGAAAGAAAAUCUUUUAAAAAAAACAUUUUAAUUUUAGCUUUAAAAAAUAUUGGAUUGGGCUUUGGAAGAAUGAUGCUAGCUAGGUCAGACCCACAAAGAAUUUGUGUUUGUUUGUUUUUUAAAAGAAGGACCUAAGUCAGAGGUGCACGGUGGCGCGGGAUUGGCUUUUACAAAGGAACUUUUGAAGACAACUUCCAGGAGUUUCCACUUCUGUCUCCCACAAUCUUUUUCUUUUCUUAAGAAAUGGGGGAGGGUUGAACGGGGAGGGAAAACAAAAACCGAUCAUCUUCAUCAUCAUAGUUGAAAGCAAUCAAUAACUUAUCGGAAGUAUCAUUUUGGGGGUCAUGUCGAUACAUUGUUCGCUUGUGUAUUACCAUUAUUUGAAAAUAAGUGUCUCUUUUGUCUAUAGCCGGGAGAGAAAUAACCUGCUU